AUGUCGAGCGACACGCCAUCCGCGCUGCGGGAGGAGCUGCUGCAGUUGGACACGCAGCGUGACGCCGUUAUGAAGAAGACCGAGGAGGCCAUAGCGUUCCUCGCCACCACACCUGUUGGCCUUGACGGCAGCCUCGUGGACGAGGAGGGCUUCCCGCGCGAUGACUGCGACCUGUACGCGGUGCGCCACGCGCGGCACACGGUGAACUGUGGGAGGAACGACCUCAAGACGAUUGAGGCCGCCAUGUACGAGAAACUCGCGCAGCUGCACGAGGCGAACCACGAGGAGGCGCAUCGGCAGAUGCAGGAGGAUGAGGCGGCACGGAGUAGUGCCAGGGCGGCGACCGCCGCGCUCGAGCAGCAGCAGCAGCAGCAGAAGCGCAGCGUUGCUGGGAAGCCGCCCUUCGUGCGGGUGGUGAGCGCGGCGGCC